UUCAUUUAUCAGGAUACAAACACACAUACACAUUCAGCCAGACAUACAAACACAGACAAACACAUCUGAGGGAAGAGACAAGUUUACAAACUAAGGAUUUUAUCAUCACUGCCUGUCAGAGGAGUCAUGACCAAGGAGAUUGAGGCUCUCAUGGUACAACAGAACGAGAGUUUCAACUACUUACGCUAUCCAGACAAUUACAUUAUGGACUCUUGGCCUUGCAUGGACAGCAGUGACCUCAGCAAGACUAAACCUAGACUGUCAUCAGAUGAAGAAUUUGCAACUCUAAGUUUCCUCUAUGAGGCCUGCAAGACCCCAAAAGAGCAGAAGAUGACAACAUGUGCCCGUGAAAGCAGCAUGCACAUUGACAGGGCAGGGAAUAGCUCUUCCCCUGAGCUGGCCACGCUGGAGAACGCUCACAUCAUGAAGCUGCUUUCUGAAAGUAUUUCCCCCGGUCACUCAAAGCAAGGUUUACAGAGCACUGACAGCUACACCGGGGACAACUUGUACCCCCUCCUGCACCCAGCACAGAAAUCAUGGCCAUCUGACCAUCCCUUUCUGGAGGUGACCCCUGAGCAGCCUCUUCCUUACAACACGUUUCUGAGACAGACGAGCCCUGUAUACUCAGAGUCCUACUCCAACUCGCCUCCAGACAGAUACAGGAAUGACUUCCAGUUUGUUCUUGGUACCCCACAAGCUUCCCAGCACAAAACAACAGAGAUACCCUUGGUGUACCUCAAUAAGGGACAGUUUUACCCCAUCACUCUGCAGGGAGUGGACAGCACUGCUGGGGUGUCAUGCAGCAAAGUGAAAACGAUGAUCAUGGCUGUGUUUGAGAAUGACAAGAGUCCUGAGAUGCAGCUGAAGUACUGGAACCACUGGCACGCUCGACAGCCUACUGUUAAACAGAGAGUCAUUGAUAUCGCUGACUACAAGGAAGUUUUCAGUGGAGUGAGUAACGUAGAAGAGGUGGCUUUCAACGCACUGUCCUUUAUCUGGAACACUGGUGAAGAAGCAAAGGUGCACAUUGGCAUCAAUUCUCUGAGCACUGACUUCUCCUCGCAGAAGGGGGUCAAAGGUCUUCCCCUCAAUCUUCAGAUCGACACGUAUGAUUUCAGCUCAGGGAACAACCGUCUCAUUCACAGAGCUGUUUGUCAGGUCAAGAUCUUCUGCGAUAAGGGGGCAGAAAGGAAGAUGAGAGACGAGGAGAGGAAGAGAAGCAAGAGGAGGACCAAGAAUGUUGCAGACUCCAGCAAUAAUAGUUGUAAACAGGCCUUAGUUUCCAGCUCUGUUGGAAAGGACUCUACCUACUUUAAAACUCUAGACGAUCAUGUCACACAACCUGUUUUAUUCAUCCCAGAGAUGCACUUCAGCACGAUGCAGCGCUGUGGCCUGGUGCCUCCUGUUAGCCUGGAGGAAAGUGACAGGACAUCACUGAAACGUUCCAACUGUUACGCAGAUGGCGGCGACCAGGGCAGCUCCCCACCAAGCAAACAAGCCCGUCGAGACGAGCAACAGAGAGUUCUUCUGUACGUCAGGCGAGAGACUGAGGAAGUAUUUGAUGCCCUUAUGUUGAACACGCCAACCCUCAAGGGCCUGAGAGAAGCGAUUUCAGAAAAGUACGGUAUGCAAGAAGACACCAUUGUGAAAAUCUUCAAGAAGUGCAAAAGAGGGAUCUUUGUGAACAUGGAUGAUAACAUCAUCGAGCAUUACAGCAACCACUCUGCCUUCCUCAUCGAGAUCACUGAAAUUAUUAUCAACCACUUCCAGAUCACACUUAUGGAGCUAUAAUGACAUUAUAAACUAGUGACACCACACCUGGUGCUGCUGGCAGCUUCUUUCUGAACUUUUGAUCCAAAAGCAUGACUAUGAAUCAGAUUCUGCAUUGCCAGAACCGUUGCUAUAUAUAAACAGCUCACCUGCCAGUUAUAUCAUUCUCAGUCAUAUCAAUACUGAACAGUGUAAAUAAAAUUUUCCAUUUUUGUACCUUUUUUAUUAUUUUAUCUACAAUAAUUUUAUAACAUGAGCAAUUAUGAUCAGCAAGGUAUAAUAUAAAUUGUAUAAAUUGUAAAUAGUCAUAAUUAUCAUAAUGUUGUGUUUUGACAUGAUCUUAAAAGAGUUAUAUGUUAUUAUUUCAAAGAUAAACUUGCCUUUUUUGAUGCUGCCUCUUUGCUGCUUAUAAUAGGCCCAUCAUUUCUAGGAAAGGGUGUGAGGCGUUUGUAUUGCUUUAUGCUCUAAUGGUGGUUUGCAUGUUUAUUAAUCUUGCUGCGUGUUACUUCAGCAUACUUCCAGUCAGGGUGCUGUGACUUUCUGCCUUUUAGUUUCACAUCUGAAAUACUCCACCAACACACACGAGUGUUUUAGACCUUUAAGUCGCACAUUUCCACCCUUAAAGAGCCGCGUAUCUGUCAGUGUUUCGAUCACUACAUUUGGAAAACUGGCUCCACACAUUUCGAAUCUGUGUGGCUGGGCUGUAACGGUUGUCAGGACAACCGGCCCUUUUGUCCUCCGAAAUUUAGACAAGAAAGUUCGGGCGAACCACUGCAAUAUCGAACUUACCCAAAUAUCAGAUUAAAUAACGGUGACUUUUCAGGUUUUUUUUGCUUCACAAAACUUGUACAUUUCAAAUGCUUUGUAUUGCUUUCAAACAAUAUUGAUAUAUUAAAGCUGUGCUUUCCUUUUUUUACUGCCUCUGCUUUUAUAUGGAAAAAUAAAAUACAAAAUCCAUAACAUU